UCAAGAGAGACUUGACAUUAGAGUAUCAUUAUUAUUAUUAGACAGAGCUCUUCAUAAUAAUCACAUCUUCACAGGUGGUGCCUAGUCACCUAGUGCCUGGUCUAUAUACACAUCAGCAAACGAUCACAGAUUCCAAAAUUUUUAUUUUUAAGUUUCCAAAAUACAAAAAUGUGUGAAUCAUCUGUUGUUAUGUGUACAUAAAAGUGUGUGAAAUCUUUUAUUAUUUACUUGAAGAGUUGGUCAAAGUUAUUUUGUUUAAAAAAACACGAAAUAGAUAUAAAUAAAUAAAAAAAAGAAAGUUCAUUAUGUUUGCAUCUUUAUAACCUAUAAAAAAAAAGUGACAGUUCACAAGUGUGUUGAAGUGUUUACGAUUUAAAAAAAAAAAAAUUGCACAAAAUAGAACGUGGUAUCGUACUAGAAUGGAAUCACCAUGGGUGGGUUCAGAUGUUGAUUUAUCGAUAUUACAUAAAUGUCGUGUGGCGGAUCGUUUAGAAUAUCGUAUGGCAUGUUUACCAUCAUCGGCACGAUUCAUCAGUAACAAUAAAACAUCAUCCACAUCAGUUAAUUCGAAUUGUACAUCAUAUAAAUUACAAAAUGGCGAUAUAAAUGAUCAUUGUAGUGAUAAUAGUGUUACCGAAAGUUCAUUUCGGCGACGACGAAGGUCAGGAACCUGGCCGCGAACAAGGUCUUUAAACGCACCAUCACCUAUACAACAAUUUGGACCAUGUGGACGAAUUAUGAAAAACUCUGCUAUGGUCAUGACCAUACAAGACCCAGCAAGUCAACGACUGACAUGGUACAAGCCACCAUUAACCGUUUUAGUGAUAAAAAAAGUCAGAGAUGAAUCUGUAUUAAAUCCAUUUGUACAAUUAGUACAAUGGUUAAUUGAAGAGAAACGUAUGUUAGUAUUUGUUGAAUCAGCCGUUAUGGAUGAUCCAUUAUUACAACGAAAUUUAAAUUUUGAAAUAGUUCGUGAUAAAUUAAUGACAUUCAACGAUGGCAAAGAUGAUCUAACGGAUAAAAUUGAUUUUAUCAUAUGUUUAGGUGGUGAUGGUACAUUGUUGUAUGCAUCAUUGUUGUUUCAACAAUCUGUUCCACCUGUCAUGGCAUUCCAUUUAGGUUCUUUAGGUUUUUUAACACCGUUUCAAUUUGAUCAUUUUCAAGAGCAAGUUACAAAUGUAUUAGAAGGUCAUGCAGCGUUAACGUUACGUAGUCGAUUACGUUGCAUUAUAAUUAGGAAAAAUGAUGAAAAACAAAAUGACACAACAAAAAAUAAUAAUGAUAGUAGUACAACUUCUGGUGAUAAUUCAAUUGGUCCAAAUCCACUUGGUAGUGGGGGCAUCAAUAAAAAUAACAAAUCACCGCCAACAAAUUUAUUAGUAUUAAAUGAAGUGGUCGUAGAUCGUGGACCAUCACCAUAUUUGUCAAAUAUUGAUUUAUUUUUAGAUGGUAAACAUAUUACAUCGGUCCAGGGAGAUGGUUUAAUAGUAUCAACACCAACGGGUAGCACAGCUUAUGCCGUUGCAGCUGGUGCCUCAAUGAUACAUCCAAGUGUGCCAGCUAUAAUGGUCACACCAAUAUGUCCACAUUCGUUAUCGUUUAGGCCAAUUGUUGUACCCGCUGGGGUUGAAUUAAAAAUAAUGCCAAAUCCGGCAGCUCGUAGUACAUCAUACGUAUCGUUUGAUGGUCGUUACCAACAGGAGUUACGUCCUGGCGAUAGUUUACGUGUUACAACAUCUAUAUAUCCGGUGCCAAGUAUAUGCGCACAAGAUCAAAUUAGUGAUUGGUUCGAUUCAUUAGCUGAAUGUUUACAUUGGAACGUGCGUAAGCGACAAAAACAUUUAGAUGAAUUAUCUGAUCUAACACAUUCUAGUUCAAAUGAUACACUGGAUUCAUUGGAACAUACAAUGGAACAAUUAUUAUAAAAUAAUCAUCAAAACAUGGUUUACAAAAAUGGAAACAACA